AUGACCAAGCCUUUGAUUUUAAUGGUUCUCUACCCUGGAGACAAACAUUCUACUGAUGAACCUAGAUUAUUGGGAACAGUUGAGAAUGAAUUAGGUAUUAGAAAGUUUGUUGAAGAACAUGGUUACGAAUUGAUCACUACUGCUAACAAAACUCCUGCUCCUACCUCCACUUUUGACAAGUAUUUACCAGAAGCUGAAAUUAUCAUCACCACUCCAUUUUACCCUGCUUAUCUUACCAAAGAAAGAUUGGCCACUGCAAAAAAGUUGAAAUUAUGUAUCACUGCUGGUGUUGGUUCCGAUAACUAUGAUCUUGAAGCUUUGAAUGAAAAAGGAAUUGCCGUGUUGGAAGUGACUGGUUCUAAUGUCCAAUCUGUUGCUGAACAUGCUGUUAUGACCAUGCUGAUCUUACUCAGAAACUACGGUGAAGGUCACCACCAAGCCGUCAGUGGUGGUUGGGAUAUUGCUGCUGUUGCCAAAGACGAAUUCGAUAUGGAAGGUAAAGUUUUUGCUACCGUUGGUGCUGGUAGAAUUGGUUACAGAAUCUUGGAAAGAUUAGUUGCCUUCAACCCAAAGAAGUUGUUGUACUACGACUACCAAGCAUAA